AAGCUAGCAGCCUUCGCCAGUAAGGCCUGCCUUACGGAUAGCUGCAGCGCACACUGCCGCCUGUCGACGGCUGACGGCCGCAGCGCCGCAAGCAUGGCGCAGUCGCCGUCGGGCCCGCACUCGCUGCUCGGCAUCACGCUGCUGCCCAGCCUCUCGCUCGCCAGCGGCGCCGGCGCCAGCAGUGCAGCAGCCGGCAUGACCAGCAGCGGCACAAGCGGCAGUGCGCUGUCUGCACAUCCCAGCCGCGGCCGUCUGGUUGCCGCGCCGCUUUCGCCUGGAGCGGCACCGCUGCCGCCGGCCCUCUCGCUGCCCUGCGCGCACGCCUCGCCGCCGCCGCUGCCACCUGCCGCUGCGGCGGCGACACCGACGACGAGCGCACCGGCGAUGAGCACGCCCGACCGCAACCCGACCUCUUCGCUGCUAGGCCCUGCUGGCGGUCGUGCGCCGCCGCUUGCACCGUCGCUCACCACCGUCUCCGGCUCGCAUGCGCAGUCGCCCUUCGCAGCAGCGGUCGCAGCUGGCGAGGCCCGCCGCCGACCGACGACACCAUACACGGCACCGCAGCAUGCCGCAUUUGCACAGCAGCAGCAUUCAGCAGCCGCUGAGCCGGAGUUCUGCACGCUGCCCGACUUCUCUGCCGACGCGCCGAACCGCGGCGACGUGCGCGUGCGUGUGUCGGGCGUGGAGUUCUGGGUGCAUCGCGACAUUCUGUACUUCGCCUCACCCUUCUUCCGCGCUCUGCUCGAGGGCGACUGGAAGGAGUCGCAUCCUUCGCUCCACUCGCGUUCCAGCGACGCUUCCUCGACACACUCGCGGCGCAGCUCACUGGACGCAAGUGGUGCUGAGCAAGCAGAUGAAGAACAGACUGCAGAAUCCUCGUCGCCCCACGCUGAUGAGCCGCUUCCCGAUCUGGAGUCCGGCGACAGCGCUGCAGCUGAUGCUGAUGCUGACGAGUUGACCUCGGACGAGAGCGAUCUCAUGUCCUUUCCGUCCCCUCGCACAAGAGGCGCAUCGCCGCGUGCAAGCUUCCACUCCGCGUUGCAUUCGCUGCCGCACGAUCUCGAGGACCUGGCCAUGACUCAGUCGGCGCUCUCCACGUCUCCGCGCCAGCGCAGCGUCAGCACGGGUGUCGAUGCUGCUCUGAGCCGACUCACUGGAUCGGACGUCGUCAUGGAGAGAUCGCGCUCCGCGCGCGUCACUUCUACCUCUGCACCCAUGACGCCGUCCGAGUCCACGACCACGGCUGCAACACUGGUGAACACGGGCUCAAGCUCGACUGACACAGUCGUGACUCGGCUGCGCGGCCUCGCAACGCCGCCGCGUUCGCCGGAUGCCGCUGCGUCGGUCCUGCCCCCUGCCAUGGCUGCUGCACGCCAGCGGCGCCGGCAGAAGCCGCCGGUGGCGGUGGUCAAUCUGCCGGAGGAAGAUCCGGGCACGUUCCAGGAUGUGUUAUCGCACGUCUAUCCGCAUCUGGACCUCUGCGUGACCUGGUACAAUGUCGCCUCGCUCAUGACGUUCGAGGCCAAGUUUGGCGUGCCCUUCCUGCGCCGCAGCUGCACGGCCUGGCUACGCGCCGCGCUCGCUGGCCGGCCGAUCGAGGCCAUGGCGCUGGGCGAGAAGCAUGGCCUCGAACACGAGUACAAGGAGGCCAGCAGACACGUGCUCGACAACAUGUCGAGCUGGAAGAGCGACGAGCUGGCGGUGCUCAGCGGCGAGACGCUGCUGAAGCUGGAGAGAAAGCGCACCUGGUUUCUCGAGCGCCUGCUGAAGCUGGGCCUCGCGAAUCCUGCCCGAGACUACGAGUGCCAUGCCGGCUGCCCAGACCCGCAGGGCUGCGCACGGAACCUGCAGGAGCGCUGGCAAGCCGCAUAUGCCGCUUCUUUCCGCUUCGGUCCGCCGCAGCCGAGCGUCAUCUGGCGGCACUUGCGCGAGCUCGACGGUGCUGGCGGUCAGCCACUGGCGAGCUGCCAUCGCGCCAGCCAGGCCUGGGUGCAGCUGCUGUUCGACCGCAUGUUCAACAUCACCGUCGGCCUCAGCGGCGCCAAGCCGCAGCCGAAGUUCCUCAGUGUCAAGCUGCACGACGAGCCGCGCCCGCGCGGCGCUCGAUACCCAUGACCCCAUACCCUCCGUGCGCCACGUUGAAUGAUGAUUGACGA